AUGGCGUUUAAUUCUCCCUCUCCGACUUCACCAACAAUGCAUGGACGUUCUCCUCCCCAGCCUAUCUCAAAAAGAGACAGGAAGCGCAACCAGCAGAUGGCGCAGUUCCAGGAUCUCAGUAACGACUUUAAGGAGAACCGAAGCGCAUACUUCCAUAAACAGAUCGUCGCUCUUCAACACGAUAUGAACUUGAUCACUCAAGCCGAUCCUUAUAAUCCCGAGCCGCUGGACGACUCGCCUGAAGCAAUUACCGGCCUCGUUGAGGUUGCAGCUGCGGGAACACCAUAUCAAUCAGAAAUGUCAUCGCUUGCAGGCAAAUGGUACUCUGAAUUUGUUCAAGAGAUCAAUCAGGCAAAGGAGGCACGGGACAUUGAACUUACGCAACUUAUGAACGAACACCAGGAGCGUCUUGACAGGAUCAAGCAUGAAUGCGAUUAUCGAUUACACCUCGCGGCAACCGAGUGCGACUACCUAGCAGACACCCUUCGACAACGACUCGUACAGCAGCUCUCCUCCCGCAAACAGAGAUUGAUGAGAGAGAAAGAACAACUCGACAUUGCAGACACAAACACGCUCCUUCUACAUCCGAGCCAGUUCAGCAUCACCAAUCCGUCUAGCCCAGGCAGUGGUGGCCAGACAAAUCGAAAGACCCGGCAUGCUAGACACAGGAUUGACAUGGAGGAGUUAGGGAAUGGACUGGCAGGAGAAGGGCUCAACAAACGAAAGCGGAAAGCACUGGACGAUGAGCCUGGGUCUCCGGCCAGAGAUGGAAUUUCAACGCCAGCUGAAAGAGCCAAAGCAAAGAUACAGGCGCACCAGACUGCUCCUCUCUACUCGAUCAAUAGUCUUUUCACGGAGAAGGAGCUCAAUCUCCAAUCACACCAAGCGCAUAUCGCUACACGCCACUUUUUUUCCACCUCCAAAUCCGGAAUACAGACUAACGGCGCAGAUAUACGCACCAAGGAGCAAGAUUUUGGUCAGACGUCGGGUUCUGGUGACGACUCGAAUCCAGACGAUGAAGACGGCCUAGCAGCGCCCGAGAUGGAAAGGACAGCAAGUCAGAACUUCCACGUCACCCGAUCCACACGCAACAUUGGCGGUCAGACUCGUCUGGACAUCCUGAGUGAUGUGGCAAUCGCGAAUCGGCCGCAGCUCCCAUAUGCUACCCUGCACAACUAUCAGCCAAGAAAUGGCGCAGCGCUCCCAGCUGUCAGCCAACUGAUUCAAGAAGAGGUGGAGGAAGAUCAGGAGAAGCUGCGGGCUGUGUUCAACGAGCCAUCUGGUUUUAUGGACGAGAAAAUGGUUGAUGAAGCGCUCAAACCAGCAUCGCAUACGAGGAGUACCCUGGCUCCUGAUUGGCCAGCAUAUCUGGAUGUACACUUGGUAGACAUGAACAGAGGCGUGCAGUAG